CCACGGACUUCUAGACGCAUCAACCAACCAACGUCACUACAGAGUCAUUCCACCUCAAGUGUUGACGUCGCCACCCAGUCUCGACCCCUCAGCAAAAGAAGCUUUGGACACUCGACUUUUUAAAAAGAGUCAAAGCACAACGCGCAUUGUCAGCGUCACUCCAUCGGUAUGUCUGGAGCAACCAUUGCCUCGUCGAUGUCGUUCGACAUGAGCGCAACGUCCUUUGACGGUUCGCAACUUCAAGUUCCUACAUACUCUGACUUUUCGCAAGUGUCACUCUUCGACACUGAGGACUUCGGCACCGACUUCACUUCGGACUCGGCCCACUCGCCCUUGUCGCCCCUCUCUCCGGCCCUCUCGGCUAGCUCAUUCGGUCUUCCUGCGGCAGAGGCCUACACCACCUGGGACGCUGCAGAGAUGUAUGUCGAGACCGAGAACCUCUUCGACUGCCAGACCUUUGGAUCGGACUCGUCUUUGAGCCCCGCCAUCAACCCCCUCGAUCUCCGUGUCAAACCACGCAUGUACCAGUCACAAGCCAUGUCGGCCAGCGUGCCGGCCCAGCAGCAGCAGCAGCAGCAGUAUCAGAGCCAGGGUGUGCACCAGCAAGAGCUUGCGGCUCAGGCGACAGCCCCUCUGCUCGCGUCUCCCACAUCGUCCACUUCGCGCUCCGCCUCGCCCUCUUCCACAACCACUGCUGAUGCUGGCCCCAAGCGGUACCCCUCGCGUGUUCCCAAGCGCAAGCUCGGAUCAGAAGAGGAGCCCGCAACCAGGCCAGCAAACGCUGCGCCUACCGCUACAACACAGCCAACAACAACGCCCUCGACCCGUCGUGUUCCCUUCAAGUCGAAGGAUUCCAGUGAUUCCGGAGUGCUCGCGCCCAAGAAAACGGCUCACAAUAUGAUUGAGAAGCGGUACCGAACGAACCUCAACGACAAGAUCCUCCAGCUCCGGGACGCCGUGCCCUCCCUGCGGCUGAUGGCGCAGCGAGCCAAGCUGGCCGAGGAAGGUGGAAGUGCCGAGUCCGAGGAUGCCGGCGCCGGCGCCGGCGACGUGUCGAUGGAUUCUUCUGCUGGUAUGAAUUUCGAAACAUGCACCACCAAGUUGCACAAGGCCACCAUCUUGAGCAAGGCUGCCGAAUACAUCCAGCAGCUGGAAUACAGGAAUCACGGGCUGGAGACGGAGAACCUUGCGCUGCGGGAGCGGAUGCAGGGCUUGGAAAUCAUGCUGUUCGGGAAGCAAGCUGCGGCUGCGAGGCUCGGCAUGGAGACGGGGGGAGAGGGUUUCUCAAGCACCUGGAAUUGAGGCUGAAUAUGCCGUAUCAUGUGUAUUCUUUUUUUUUUUUUUUUUCCUUUCCUAGGGACGUUCUGUA